UAGACUUUCCCCAGUUCGAUCAACCCGGAUUCUUUUUCGGGUCCAAAGGCGCUUUGCUUUGGCUUUUGAACUCUCGAAAAUAAUUUCAGAAAACAAGAAAAAAAGUUUUCACUCCAGAUUACACAAAUUUGAAGAUUCCCUCUCGCUCUAAGUGCUUUCUCUCUCUACCUAUACGUACAGAUCACUUGCACGCUUACGUCCCUGUCUAAGCUACUGCAGUUGUCCACUGUGUUUUCAGGGUUCGAUCUUAGCUGCAAUUGGAGCUUCUGCCGGUUCAAUUGUGGUUUCCUGCUAUCGUUGAGCUGAAAUUUUGGUUGGUUUUCGAGGAAAGUCUUGGUUUUGGGACUGUCAAGGGUUUUUAUUGGUUUCGUGUGUGGUAUUUAAGUGUCUAUGCGGAAUCUAGGGUUUGGUUGUUUGAGUUCUGGCUUGAGAAUGGGAAUUGAACGGGAAUUGUGUUUGAUUUUACAUGUGGGGCCUGAUUGAAGUGUAAAGCUCGGUGCUUUAAGUUUGGUUCUUAGUUAAGAUUGAUUUUUUUCUUUUCCUUUUAAAUUUUUGGAUGCAAUUCGAGGGUUUCGAGUGUUGUGUAUGUACAUAGGAAUGAGAAAUUAGAAAGAGAAAUAACUAGUGCUGCUGCUGCUGCUUGUGCUGUUGUUGUUACUUGUAAGAGUAGAGUAAUUAUUGGUUGGGAUUGAGAGAGAAAGAAAGGAGAAAUGUUUUAUUCACAGUUCAUAUUGGCAAAAAAGGGGCCGCUGGGGACCAUUUGGAUAGCGGCACACUUGGAGCGUAAGCUUCGCAAGAAUCAGGUUGCUGAUACUGAUAUUGGAGUUUCCGUAGACUCAAUUCUUUUUCCUGAGGUGCCCAUUGCGCUUCGGUUGUCCAGCCAUCUUCUGCUUGGUGUGGUGAGAAUCUAUAAUAGAAAGGUGAACUACCUCUUUGAUGAUUGCAGUGAGGCUUUACUCAAAGUCAAGCAAGCUUUUCGCUCUACUGCUGUAGAUCUGCCUCCAGAAGAGUCAAAGGCACCAUAUCACUCCAUCACAUUGCCAGAGACAUUUGAUCUUGAUGAUUUUGAGCUGCCAGAUAGUGACAUUUUCCAGGGUAACUAUGUAGAUCAUCAUAUUAGUUCGAGGGAGCAAAUCACCCUUCAGGAUACCAUGGAGGGUGUCAGUUACUCCACAUCAAAGUUUGGGCUGGAUGAGAGGUUUGGUGAUGGCGAUGCAUCUGGAUUGGAUCUCGAUGAGGAAUUAUUUGUGGACAAGAUGCCCUCUGCAGGACAUGUGGUUGAGAGUGCCAAUCCCCAGGCCAGUUUUGGAUUACUGACCCCUCUCAAGCAAGACGAGCAUCCUGAAAAUAGGGCUACCGAUCCAGAAACCAUGGUUGAUGCUGUUGAUGUACAUGCUGAUCUCAUGGAUGGUGCACAGGCUCCUCGUACUCCUGGACUGGUGGAUGAGCCAAAUCUAUCCAAUGUCCAAGAUGCUUCUGCGUGUGAUGACCAUCUGGAAUCAGAUUAUCAUUUACUUGAAUCUACCAUAAGGGAGAACACAAAUAAUGUUAAUAGUGAGGGAAAACAAGAGGUGGACUGGUGUUCUCGAGAUGAUACAAGUUCUAAUGCAGGACCUCAUGGGCCACUCAAGGAGAAUGGGGCGGGUGGCUUGGAAAUGGAGGAAGAGAAGCCACAGGGAGAAUCUCCUCUGAAAGCUGACAUUGAGUUUGUUUUGUCAAAGGAAACUUCAUCGGUAUCUGAGCCCAGUAUAAAUUUAGCAGGUCAAGUUGAAGCCAUGAAACCAGCUUCAGAAUGCGCUAAUGUAUCAGAGGUUCUGCCACAGGAACAUUCACCAACUAUAGCUGUCAACGAAGCUAAGACUUUUCUGGCAGUUGAUGAAACCUGUGAUAAUGAUCAAGGUACAAAUGAACUUAGCUUGGAAAAGAGUGCUUCUGAAACCUCUUGUUUGGUUAGCACUGGCCAGCAGGUUUGUGGUGGUGCAUCAGCUAAAGAUCUAGCACCAAUUGGGGUUGAAGUUUCUGGCAGUGUGGGAGACACAAGUUAUCAGCAGAAAUCAUGUCAUGAUGGAUCAGAAGCAGCUUUAGAAAACCAGGUUGGAUCUUCACUAGAGACUCCUGAAACUGUAGUUUGUCAGGAGACUACAGAUUCGAGUGUAUUGAACCUUGAUGCUCAUGACAAAGAGCCAGCUAGCGAUUCUCUGGUUCUCCGGCCAUGUAAUUCCAACCUGGAACACCCUGAUGUCGCAAAGCCUGGGUUUAGCAAGUCAACUCGUGCUGAUGUAAAAUCUGAUUCUGCUGCCUUAGCCACUAAUGAAAGGGAAGAGACAGCAACUCAAGGAGAAGCAUGCUGCAUACCAGUUGAUUCAGAGCAAAAUCUUAAGGAAAAUCAAGUAAAAGAACAUGUGGCAGGUGAAGAUAUUCAGGUGGCAACUAGUGAAGCUGAUGGUCAAGUAAAUAAUACAAACUCACAGGAUAGUUUGGUUGGCAACUUAAAAGAAUCUGCUGAAUCCGAGCUGCCUGCUCCUGAAAAACUGCUUUCAGUGCCAGAAGGCCACAUGGAUCUACAUACAGACAUUCUGGUAGAGGUUAGCCCUAAGGACUUUGAUGUGCUUGAUGAGGGUGAUACUGGCAGCAAGACUGUUGCAGGCAGAAAGCGUACUUUUACUGAAAGUACACUAACGGAACAGAGUCUGAAUUCAGUUGAAUCCUCAAGGCAAGUCCGUGUUAAAAGAACCAUAGGAUCAGUUCCAGAUGACGAUGAUUUGUUGUCUUCCAUUUUAGUUGGAAGAAAAUCUUCACUUUUGAAUGUAAAGCCAACACCUCCACUUUCUGAAGUGACGUCUACAAAACGUACCCGUACUGCUUCCCGUUCUGGUGCUCCGAAAAGAAAAGUGCUUAUGGAUGAUACAAUGGUUUUGCAUGGCGAUACAAUACGGCAACAGCUGACCAACACGGAGGAUAUACGCCGUGUUAGAAAGAAAGCUCCAUGCACACUCCCUGAAAUCUCUAUGAUUCAGAAACAACAUAUGGAAGACAACAUUUUUCUUGAAUCAAUAUUCACUGGCAUGUCAGUUGAAUUGGCAUCUUUGCACGGCCAAGUGUACGAUUUAAGUCGAAUCAGGGUGUGCCAAAGUGAUGUUUCUGUUGAAAUUGUGAAUGAACCGAGGAUGCAUUCGCAAAAUGAUGAAAAUGGUAUUUCCCUCGAAACUAUAGUUGAACCAAACUUAGGUUCCGUGAAUGACAAAAGUGGUGCUUCUGUUGAAACUCAGUCUGAAUCGCAUUUAGCUUCUUCAAAUCAUGGAAAUCAUGAUAUGAAAGAUGAUAAGCGACCUGGAAAGGCUAACGUAACAGAAGAAAGUCAGCAGGAGGUAAAGAAUGAGCUUUUGAUGGUUGGAAACAAUGGGAUAGCUGAUCUCAGCAAGAAUUCUCUGUUGGGCGAAAAUAGGCUGGAAGAAGUCGACUGCACGAGUACAGAAGUUAAUGUGAGUACAGAAGUUAAUGUCAGUCAGGAGCAGAUUAAGCCUACUAGUGAUUUUGGGGCUGAUGAUUCACAGCAGGCACUUUCGCUGGAUUUAGAUGGAGUAGGAACCUGUCUAGGAAAUGCUGGUACUGAUAAUCCUGCUGUUAUUGCUGAAAGUGAGCUAUUAGACUCCACUAGAAAUGCUACCAGUGGUGUAGAAAAUGCUUCAGCAGUAAUGGUUCAGAGUACUUCUUUAAAUGAAUCUGUUGAGACAAAUUCUUAUGUGAAUAUGGAUGCAACAGCUGUUGUUUCGGAUCAGGAGACAGCUCUACCGUCAGUAUCAUUGGACUAUGCAGAUAUGGAUGACGGACAAGCAAUUGUUAGAAAUGAAAUUACAGAGAAGUAUGGUGAUGCUAAUGCGAUUGGCGAAACUGAAGUUGGAGGAAGGGAUGUUUUUCUUCCAGAUGUGGCUCAAGAUGCUGGUGUUGCUGAGCAGGUACCAACUACCAACCAUGGAGGCCUGGAGUAUAAUAAUGUUCAGACUGAAAUUUAUAAUACUACAUCUGAAGAACAGGGAGAAGUGGAAAAUUUGUAUCCAGCAAUAGUAAGCAUGCUGGAAGACAGCUCCACGAAUAAUGGUGAAAAUCUAAAACAUCCUGAAGGUUAUCUACCCAACAUGACGGAUGCAGAAACUUCUGGUUUUGACCUGCAUGAUCAAGAUGAAUUAAAUUAUCUGGCUGCUGGAAAUGAUACAGAGUUUCUAAAUGUUGACGACGAUGAGCUAACUGAAAUAGCUGAUGAUAUGGCUGAUGCUGAAGAGACAAAAAAUACAGAGAACAGCGGGUGGUCUUCACGUACUAGAGCUGUUUCCAAGUAUCUACAAUCUGCGUUUGCUAAAGAGGCAGAGUGCGGGAGGAAGUCUCUGUCUUUGGACAACCUCUUAACUGGUAAAUCACGGAAGGAAGCAUCUAGGAUGUUUUUUGAAACAUUGGUCCUUAAAACAAGAGACUACAUCCAUGUAGAACAGCGGAAUCCCUUUGACGACAUCACCAUAAAACCUCGAACCAGGCUGAUGAAAUCUGACUUCUAGUCUUCCGUUAUAGGAGAAAGGGCCAAAACAUAUCCAUGGAAGAAUAGAGAAACACUGAGAAUGCAGGCCAUCAGGCUCAUUUUGUGGUACUCAAUUUUUAAACAAACUAGCUUAAUUCUUUUGAAAGUAAUGUUAUCGAAGCUCAUAGCUGGCUAAUUAGGUUAUCGUUACAUGUGACCGUUAAACGGUUGUACAAUAAACAUGUUAUUUGUAUGUAUAUAUAGGCUGUAAUAUCAGGGUUUCCAUUUAGCAGUUGGAGCUGGUUCCCUUUGUUGUGCUGCCUGUCUUUUGAGUUCUUGAUUCUUGUCAGUUCACUCUCAGUGAGUAGCAGAUUCAUAUGAUGAACUAACAGCAGUUUUAGUCAUAAAAACUGUUUGUUUCAAUGCACUCUAAUAAUGGGCUACCCUACAGCACAUGCUUUGUUCU